GCGAGCAGGCGCGCUGCCGCCGCCCCGGCUGCCCACCGCCCGCCGCCGCCCACCGCCCGCCGCCGCCCGCCGCCUGCCGCCCGCGCCAUGGAGGGCGUGAGCGCGCUGCUGGCCCGCUACCCCACGGCCGGCCUGGCCGGCGGCCUGGGGCUCACGGCGUGCGCCGCGGCCGGCGUGCUGCUCUACCGGAUCGCGCGGAGGAUGAAACCGACACACAUUACGGUCAACUGCUGGUUCUGCAACCAGGACACGCUGGUGCCCUACGGGAACCGCAACUGCUGGGACUGCCCCCACUGCGAGCAGUACAACGGCUUCCAGGAGAAUGGUGACUACAACAAGCCGAUCCCUGCCCAGUACAUGGAGCACCUGAACCACGUGGUGAGCAGCACACCGAGCCGCCGCGACCCCCCGCAGCCACAGCAGUGGGUCAGCAGCCAGGUGCUGCUGUGUAAGAGGUGCAGCCACCACCAAACCACCAAGAUCAAGCAGCUGGCUGCCUUUGCACCACGCGAGGAGGACAGGUACGACGAGGAGAUCGAGGUGUUCCGGCACCACCUAGAGCAGUUGUACAAGCUGUGCCGGCCGUGCCAGGCAGCCGUCGAGUACUACAUUAAGUACCAGAACCGCCAGCUGCGCGCCCUGCUGCUCAGCCACCAGUUCAGGCGCCGAGAGGCCGACCAGACCUACGUGCAGAGCUUUUCCCCCUCUGCGGUGAAGGCCCCAGUCCAGGUCAUCCUGCUGCGCAUCCUCGCCUUCCUGGCCUGCGCCUUCCUGCUGACCACUGCGCUAUACGGCCCCAGCGACCCCUUCACCCCAGGCGCAGCCCUGCCUCCGGCCCUGCUGCCUGGUGGCAACAGCUCAUCUGCGCCGGACAAUGGCACCGUCCCCGGGGCUGAGGGCUGGCAACAGAUGCUGAGCCUGCUGCCUGAGCCCGCCACUGAGAAGCUGCGUGAAGCCUGGGCCUUUGGGCAGAGCCACCAGAUUGGUGUGGUGGCUCUGGGCUUGCUCCUGUGCCUGCUGGCCAUGCUGCUGGCUGGCCGCAUCAGGCUGCGCAGGAUCGAUGCCUUCUGCAGUGGCCUGUGGGCCCUGCUGUUGGGCCUGCACCUGGCCGAGCAGUACCUGCAGACCGCCUCACCCAGCUGGCUGGACACGCUCAAGUUCAGCACCACGUCUCUGUGCUGCCUCGUGGGCUUCACAGCAGCCGUGGCCACCAAGAAGGCGACGGGCCCGCGGAGGUUCCGGCCCAGAAGGUACUUCCCAGGGGACGCCGCUAGCCUCUUCCCCACCAGCCCCACCCUGGCUGUGCCUUACCCAGCUGUCGGAGGCUCGUCGCCGCCCCUCUUCAUCCCCAGCCCACCCGGCUUCCUGCCGCUCACCAACCGGCAGCUGUUCCGGUCUGCCCGGCGGGCCUCGCCCUCCUCGCUGCCCGGCCGCCUCAGCCAGGCCCUCUCGCUGGGGACCAUCCCCCCUCUAACUCGAACAGACUCAGGCUACUUGUUCAGUGGGAGUCGCCCCCCGUCUCGAGUGUCUCCGUCUGCAGAGGCCCCUGUAGCAGAUUACUUGUCUGUGCUGUCCGGAAGCUGCCCCACCUCUCCACUGCCUUCGCCAGCGCCCUCCGUGGCCUCCAGCUCCGGCUCUCUGCGCCAUCGCAGGCCCCUCAUCAGCCCUGCCAGGCUCAACCUGAAAGGACAGAAGCUGCUGCUGUUCCCAUCACCCUCUGGGGAGACGCCCUACACCCCCAGCAGCUCAGACGAGCACUCGCCCUCCAACAGCAGCCUCUUCACCCUCGAGUCGCCCCAGCUUCCCCCGCGGCAGCCAGUGCAGGACUCCAAGCACACAGUGGACGUGAGAGCCACGCCAGCCCACGACCGCACCUGCAGCAGCCGCCGCAUCAAAAAGGAGGACGAUUCGUCACAGUCAUCCAACUGUGUGGUGGACACCACCACCAAGGGGUGCGCCGAGGAAGCCGCCACCUGGAAAGGUCGGCUGGGCCCCUCCCUCCUUCGCGGCCUCCUGGCUGUGAGCCUGGCGGCCAACGCCCUCUUCACCUCAGCCUACCUGUACCAGAGCCUGCGCUGAGGCCCUGCCUGCCACAGUGGUCCUCCAGGGCACACCGCUGCUCCUCGGGCCUGGCUCACAC